AUGCAUCCCCCCCAAGAGAAAGAAACCUUCAGGAACUGCAGAGAUAAGGAAGAAUCGAGCGCCAUACCCAACGUGUACCAUGCAGAAAACUACGUCAACAUGAACAAGUCCAAGUAUAGAACUAACGGAAAUUACCAUCAUAAGGAGGGGAGAGAAAGUCAGGCCAACUCGAAUGAUUACGUAAGUCAUAAUAAUUACUCCUACAUGUGUAACAACACCCGUGAUAAUUACAACCCAGGGAAGAUACAUCACCAGUUUACCACCAAUGGGAGGUACAACAAAAUGGGUUACAACGGCAGGAGUGGCGACUACCUACCGAGGGGUAGAACUUAUCGGAGUAACAACGUAGGCAGCGGGAUAUGCGAGGAAGAGUUAGUGCACCCACAGUAUAACAAAAGAAACGGAGGAAACCGUUACCAUGAUGGUGUUGCAUUUAGUGCUAAUGGAUUCAAAAGGGUGACAAAUGAUCCACUGGGCAGGAGAUCUAACGGGAUGGUAGAAUCCAACGGAGCGACAGAAAAAGAGCCCCAUGUAGAAGGAAUGCAUAAGGACAUCUGCCUAAAUGGAAAAGGCCCAAAUUGGACGCACAGAACGAACAACCGCAUGGGGAAAAGUUACCCCUCCAGGAUGGUGGCGUCCAGGAUUGGCGCGCAGGACUACGCUGGAAAGGGCCAAGCGUCGUUAAGUCAAUGUGACGAACAAAGCGGCACUCCAAACGGAAUAGACGUCAAAAUGAAGGGCGAAAUUGACAGCCAACAGGAGAACCACUACGUUAUGCAGAUCAACAACGACAAUGGUAACCCAAACGCCUUUUCCACCAAGGGGAGGAGAAAAAACAAUGGCCGCUACAUGAACGUAUAUAAGGGCGGUGCGAAUUACGCCCAUAACUGCGUGAACAACCGAUCCUCGAACUACUUCGGUGGGGGAAACUUCAGCCACGGCUAUGCCCAACAUAGCGGCUACCAGUACAACCACAAUUACAACCACAAUUACAACCACAAUUACCACCACAAUUAUAACCAUAACUAUAACGACAACCACAGAAAGUAUAACAAGUACAAUAACUGGAGCCACCACAGCGACAACCAGGGGGGCAGCCAAAGUGCUAACUGCGAGGCGGAGGUAGCUGUGAAGGUCAGCAGCGGUGAUGAAGAGCCACUCGGUGAAUGCGCCGACAUCUGCGUAGAGCAGAAGGAAAGUCCUCCAGAUGGAGGCGUAUCUAAGAGUGAUAAUUGCGUAGUUGUUAGUUCUCCAAGGAAGCAGUUGGAAGGCAUAGAGAAGACGGAUGUAGUCCAACCAGCCGACCUGACCACAGGAGGCUGCAACGAAGGGAAUGGCACGUAUGCUAAACCUUCCGAUGUAGAAGUGGACACACAAGUAUGCUUGAAUGUAGAAAAGGAAACAAAUCAGGAGAGCAAUAACUGCGAUGUAAACUGCAACAGUGAGGAGAAGCAGCACGGUAAUAAUGAACCCAACGGAGGUGGCGACCCGUGUGACAUAGCAGAACAUUUUAAACAAGGCAAGUGUGAUGUUGUGGAGGUACUUGGGAAGGAACACUGUAGCAGUAGAGAAGGUCCGCAGAGUAGUGGAAGAAACCAUGCAACGGAAAGUUCUACUUAUGUGCAGGCAAAUAAUGGAGUGACCGGAAAGAACCCCAACGGUAACUACGCACCAGUCUUGUUUAGUAAAAAUUAUGCAGGUAGGAAGAAGGGGCUAAACAGAAGUUACCCCCCUGUGCACAGCUCCAACCAUGAAAUUGACAUUAAUGGGAAUUUCUGGAGGGGGAAGAAUACCCUACGCAAUGGCAGUACGGAAGGAGCCGGUCCGGAUGACCCGAAUGGGAAAGACCCAUUUCCAGCACCCCCGCCCACAACCACACAUAAGGGUUACAAACAUAGCAACCGUGUAAGUGGAAGUAUAAAAUUGCUUCCUCAUAAUGACCCUGUGAUAAAUACCCAGGGGGACUACCUACAGAGCGUUACGCAGUUGGACAGUGCCCAUUCCUUUGACGAGAAUAAUACCGUGACGAAGGAGUAUGGGAUAUCAGGGAAUGGAGACCUCCAGGUGGGGAAUCCUUUUGGUAGGACAUUAAGGGAGGAUGGAGCAUGGGAUGCAUCUCCCGGGGGAGGUGACUACAACCAAAGCGGGGGUAACUACUACUCCAGCACAGGUAGUUACAACCCUGAUGGAGCGCCCUCUUUCCAUGCGGCACAGGAACCACGAGGAAUGUACAAAAACGGGGCAUAUAAAAAGCAAAACAGCGUGUUCCCCCCAAAUGCGCUUAAGAGACAUGGUAGGAAUAUAAAAGGAGGCAAAUCCCAAUUCCCAAGCAUGCACGAAUGUUUCUUCUCUUCAAAUAAAGGGAAAGGAAGGUCUACACGGAGGGAUGAACCCGUUGGAAGGGUAGACGAAGGGGCUAGGGAGUUCCAUCAGGGAGAACCAGUCUACAGCAUGACAAACGAGGGGACAGUCUUUGUAGGAGAUUCGAACUACACAGAUGGAUCUCCAUUUAGCGUUAAGAGGAAGAUACCCUCGAGUAAGGAUGCAGUGGAAAGUUCCCAUUACGACGCGGGCGAGGGGCAUUCUGGACACGGCAAGCCCAAAUAUGAUAAGAAGGACGAGUUCGUCCCCACGACGGAAAGCACAACAAUGAACAUCUACAGAGCGGAAUUGAAGACACUCAAGGAGGAUGUUCAAAUAUGUGAUAGGAGUUCAACCCGAGAUAAGGAUUCCCUUUUGUUGAACCCUAACCUAAGCCAGGUUAGGAGCAGUGAGCAUCUGAACUUGAUCGUGCCGAUGAAUGGCUGGAAGAAAGAACCCAUCUUAAGGAGGCAAAAAAAGGGAACCACUGCGCAGAAACAUGAACGAUUGACCAUGGGCAGGGAUGCCGGGGCCACCAGAAAGGGGAGAAGGGACCUUGGGGGGUUGGUCAAGGAGGAGCACAUCGUUGGCCAUAGGGGUAACAAGCACGAUGACGGUGAACAUGACGUUGAACAGAGACCGGGUAAGGCGAAUGCACCAAGUAUCCCCCCAAAGCACCGCCGCUCCAGAUCGGAGAACACACAUUGCUACCAAAAUAAGGACUUAAAAAAUUUAGAAGUGGCAAUGAUUAAGCCCCACAUGGAAAAGUUCAAUCGGACGGUGAAUGUAAACGGGUUCAGGACCAUCCUGGAGAGGGUUCUAAUUAGUUACGUCGAUGGGGAUGUGGUGGAGGGCGUACCCAGCGGGCAGAUAAAUGAGCACCAAGGGGAGAAAGUCCAGUGCACAUUCGGUGAAGAAACACCUGUUUGCAAUUACGUGGAGAGUGGCAAAGGGGAGACGGACAAAAGGAUGGUAUCAGUGCGCACAGGGGAGUGCUCUCCAGAGAAAAAAGUGACAGUCACGCAGAUCGGUAUAGUUAAAACGGACAAGGGGAUUUACUUCCCGGGAGAUCACCUUAACUAUGACAGUAGUAUGAAAACGCAGAACACCUUUCUUUGCUUACCAAUAGAGAGGGACCUUAUGGACAGAGAUUCUAUGACAGAUGAGAACGAUGCGAAUGAAGCGCAGUGGGGAGAGAAGCAGAUGAAUUGCAUCCCUGGAGAGGAAGAAUCCACCCCCCAUGAGGGAAUGGUCAGAGGAGGGUUCCUGAGCAGGAGGGACUGUGUGGGUGGCGUUGACGCGUGUGCAGGGAGUAACCCUGUAAGCGUUAAUUAUAGCAGAGUGAGCAACUACGGUGAGCGGGCCCAGUACGGUGGGAGAGGUCACCGAGGAGGAAGAGGCCACCACGGGGGAAACUACGGGAAGCGUGGCAACUACCACCGAGGUGACAUGCACAAUGAAGUGUUCACCCGCAACGGCCUGUUCAAGUUUGUCCCCCAGGAAAACACUCCCCCACAGAGCAACCUAACGGAUGGAAAGACCACCAACGAUUACUCCAAAAAUGAGUUACUUAGAAACAACAGCUAUGGCGAAAGGGAUGUAAUUCAAAAUGAGUUUAUGUUAAGUAGAAUAUCCCCCACAGGUACGGGUACCACCACCACGGCGACGAUAACGACCAUGGACACGAGUGCUUCAAACUGUGGGCAUUCCAAGGUGCAUGUCAACGGUAGUGGCGGUAGAAUGGCUAGCCACCGGAUCGGACGGAAGGGUUUCUUUGCUCAUCUCCCCGAGGGGCGAAGGAGAAACGUCCACACGUCGGACUACUACUACAUGAACGGUCAGAACGACUCUUCCACGGAGUACCCCCAGGGGUUCAGCGUUGGAAGUAGUGAUCCCAGCAGCGGUCAGAGCGGAGGCCAAGACAACAGGUACGGGGACAACCAGGCAAGGAACGAACUCCAUUGCGUAGACGAGAAUUACGGCUCCUAUGCGAAUCACUUUGGAGGUGGUGAGCAUCCAAGAGGAGAGAACGCCAUAGGUGGUGGGGUUCCUGUGGAUAGCGUGCAGGACAUGAACGGAUAUACAUUCCACGGGGGGUACGGACGACACAAGCAGAGUCACAUGAACGGCUUUACCCAACGGAGACAACAGAGAAACGGGAUCGCCAGUCAUUACGGAGUGGUAGGGCACGAAUGGACCAACCAACCCACGAACAACAGAGGGAAUAGUAGGAACCAUUUUAAUAAAUACGCAAACAGAAACGGGACGAUGCCAAAUAGUCGCUUCUCCUCUCAGAGGAAUGUCGCCACGGGGAACAUUUUUUCUCAUGCCGAUGGGGGAAGCAUGCCUCCCCAUUACAGUGGUAGUGCCCCCUUCAACAGUGACUGUGUUAAGGCCGAUUCAUGUUUCGAUCCUAAUGGGGGCGUGAUCAACCCGGGGAAUAAGGGGGGGUAUUAUUACAACGCUGGUUGUGACACGACGUUUAAGUCAGCUAGCCAUGUUAGUGGGCGGAGAAAGGGUAGGAAUGCGACGUAUGUAGGUGGCUACGGGGGUAAUUGGUCCCCCGUUGGCGAUCCCAGUACAGCGCCCCACUUUGCAUCUAUCCAAAGGAAUGCCCACCAAAGUACACGUGGAAAAGGGAACCACGUGAACGCUGACGACUUGAACAGCGCACCAACGUUUGAUGAGCUCAAGUGUGAGGACACCGAGGGGGUGAUUAACAACCCAUCGGAGAAAACAUCACCAUGUGGGAUGGGACCUAAGAAGUGGGAAAAUUACGGUGCCCAUGGUGGGGUGCACUAUGGGAAGGACAGGAGGGACAGAAGCAAAGGAGGGGACAUGGAAUCCAGGAAAAUGCAGCCAAAUCAACAGGAGGAGAACGAGAAUACCAUGCAUAGCGGAAGGGAGGACGUAAUCGAGAGGGAGGAUAUCAGCCCAGUCAGGGAAGCUAACCAGGGAAGUCAUACUGAUGGAGCGAGGAACAAAAGCCGAAACAAGUGGUCCAGAGGCGUGGAAGGAGUCCCCUUCCGCAGGGACACGAGAUCCGCAAAGGGAGAAAAGAAAGGCGACGUUCGAGUCGAUGUUCCGCAUGGUAACAAUGACGGUGGUGGAGAGGAGGAGCCCCCAAAGGGGAAUGACGCACCCAGUAGUGACCCCCUCCCCGAGGAAGAAGAAAAUGAAGGGAGAGAUAAUGAGGAAAACCGAUUCAGGAAGAAGAACCAGCUUCAGCUUCUGCACGGAGAUCGAGAAGGUAGAAUUGGAAAAACUAUUCGAAAUGAAAGAGAUGGUCUGGGUGAAGGUGAUUUAUUAGUCGGUAGUUCUCCCUGUGAUGAUGCGAUGGAAGUAGACGUGGCGAAGGAAAGGAAGUGCGUUGAAACGGUUAGGGGCAACGGAACGGAAGGAAUUCCCCCCCAUUUUAAGGUUACCCUUGGUGAGGAAAACGGCACCUUUAAAGAGGAAUCGAAGCAGAGCGAGGGAAAAGACAACGUAGAGUCGAACCGCAUAAGGAUCAAUCGAAUAAGAUCGAACGACACGAAGGUGGGUCAUGCUGACUCAUCGCCGCGUCAGUCUGUAGGGAGGAAAAUGAGAUCGCCGAAGGAAGGGGAUUACAAGAGUGAAAGGAAGAGUGAAAAGACAUGCAACGAUUAUGGAGUGGACGAAGUUGAUUUUAAAGGCACAAACAAUAUUUCAAAAAUAGAACCCGUUAUUUGCAACUUGGAAGGAGAGAACGCAGAUGACCCUCAUGACCCCACGGAGGAAGUCAACCAAUUGGACCUCACAACGCGCGAGUACGAGAUGUGUGCCACUGACCAAGAGCAACUAAUCGUUGGAGAGAAUCCUCACGGCAGUGUUGAUUUGUAUACCCAGGAGACGGGCUCCCUCCCCGGGGGUGGCAGAGGAGACCCAAACGAGAAUACCAACAAGGUUAGUUACCGGCGGAAAAAUAAAAACAGGAGAAACACGUACGAGAAAGGUGCGAAUGACACAGGUGCAUACAAUAACAGAGUCAGUAAACAAGUAAGGGAUAAGAAGAAGUAA